AUUUCGCAAAAUUUCAUUCUACAUUUGACAAUUGACAGUCUGUGCUUGCUAAGCUCACGAAUUAAUAACGUUACAUUUUUCUUAUUAUCAGCAAAAUGGCCAUCGAUAAACUUGCGUCGGAGGAAAAACCAUCGAAAUGUUACUUGUUGCUACAGUUCAUUAUCGGUCUAGUUAUCGGUGUUUUUCUAGCUAUAGUGAUUUCUUUUUGGGCGCCAUAUUGUCUCGAAUUCAUACAAGCUAAUACAAACGGUAAACAGAUUCGACUGAUUGUGGAGAAAAACGAGAAUACCACCACAAGCGUGCCAACGGACUUGAGUCAAGAGGUGCGUGUGUUCUGUUGGGUCCUGACAAAGCGAAAGCAUCAUAAAACUAGGGCACAGCAUAUUAAACGUACAUGGGGACGACGCUGCAAUAAGCUAAUCUUUAUCAGCACACAGUAUGAUGAAGAAUUGGGUUCUGUCACAGUAACCGAACAGAGAGAUUCUCGAAAUGCAUGGCCGAAAGCACAAGCGGCGCUUCAGUAUAUUUACACACACCAUUUAGACGAUGCGGAUUGGUUCUUCAGGGCAGAUGAUAAGACAUAUGCAGUUAUGGAAAAUAUGCGAUCCUUUCUCUAUAACUAUUCAUCCGAGUCGCCAAUAUAUUUCGGUCAUAAAGUUAAGAAUCACAUUUCCGCUGAUGCUGGCUAUGUGCUUAGUAAAGAGGCGCUUCGCCGUUUCGUCGAGAAAGCACUACCGAAUACCACGUAUUGCGCUCAGAACAGCAGCCGUACCGAGACCAUUGAGUUGGCUCAAUGUCUGGGAAGUGUCGAAGUAAUUGCCGGCGACUCACGUGAUCAGCAGGGUUGUGUCCGUUUCGUACAACUUCAUUUAAGGAAACACCUAAUGCCUGUACGCAGGAAUCAAGACAUUUCAGAAAGUGAAGAGAGCUGGACUUGUUGCUCGGCCACGGCUAUUGUCUAUAAUUACAUAGCGCCGCAUGAAAUGUAUGGUCUGGACCACUUCAUAUAUCACGUAAGAACCACUGGUGUUGGUAGUACAACAACAACAUCACUGCCGUUAAAUUUAAACCAGAGCGAGACAAAAACUUUUAAAUCUAACGAAACUGUAGCCCCGAUAAAUGAUAAGUAUCGUAAGACUUCGACAAUAGUGAAUUAAUUUAAUUUUAACUUUAAGUUAAAAUAAUAAAUAAAAUGCGAAUUAAUUGUGAAAAUCUACACAAACAA